CGCAUUCGAUAUGACAGCUCCAUAGGUUAUGACUGUUAUAAUUCAUCAGGGCGCUCUUCAGGUCCCAAUAGCGGGCCUCCAUUACAAUAUUCUCCGUAUCUCAUACCAGAAACAAGUUCACUGCCAUUGGUUGUGACACUAUCGCCUACAUCGAUGGUUUCUCCGCAGCUGACUCUUCACACAGAUUUUAAAAAAAAAAGAACUUUUCAACCGGAUGUUUAACAUUUUGUGGUAACGUGGGCGAUGUGAUAAAUGGGUCUUGUUCCGGCAUUGGCUGCUGCCAGACGGCUAUCCCUAGAGGAAUGCAGGCUUAUUUCUUCAAUUUUACUACUCUUCAGAGUCAUUCCACAGUGUUGAGGUUCAAUCCUUGCAGUUAUGGAUUUCUUGUGGAAGAUGGAGUCUACACCUUCUCUAUAUCAGAUCUUUCCAACAUAGAUUUCAACAAAAGGAAAUACCCACUUAUUCUUGAUUGGACAAUCGGGAAUCAAACAUGUGAAGAAGCUAAAAUGGACCCAAAAAAUUAUGCUUGCAAGCAAAAUAGUGCUUGUAUAGAUCCAGAAAGUGGCCCUGGAUAUUUGUGCAAGUGUAAUGAUGGUUUUCAGGGUAACCCUUAUCUCUCCAACGGCUGCCAAGAUAUUGAUGAAUGUGAGACACUGAAGCCGUGCACUAAUAUUGAAACAUGUCAUAAUACACCUGGAAGCUAAAAUUGUUCAUGCCCUCAUGGGUUCAAGGGUGAUGGCCGGAAAAAUGGAACAGGUUGCCAUCGUAUAUUCAAGCCGCAGAACAGUGAGAGGUUUCGCAUUCUUGCUAUUGCACUAGAUGUUGGGUUAAGUUUAGGGAUCUUAUUUCUAAUUGUCGGGGUAUGGUGGCUUUAUAAGAUACUGCAGAGAAGAAAGUACAUUAAACUCAAACAAAAACUCUUCGAAAGAAAUGGUGGAUUAUUGUUUCAGAAAAAGAUGUCUUCAAAUGAAGGCGGUCUAGAUAAAGCUAAACUCUUCAGUUCUAAAGAGUUGGAAAUAGCUACUGAUCAAUAUAAUGAGAACAGAAUAUUGGGUUGUGAAGGCCAAGGCAUGGUUUAUAAAGGAAUGUUGUCUGAUGGGAGAAUUGUUGCAGUAAAGAAGUCCAAGACUGUAAACGAAGGGUAUCUUGAACAAUUUAUCAAUGAGAUCUUUAUUCUUUCUCAAAUUGAUCAUAGAAAUAUUGUCAAGCUAUUAGGCUGUUGCUUGGAGACCGAAGUGCCCCUCCUUGUUUAUGAGUUCAUCCCUAAUGGAACCCUUUCUCAUCUCAUUCAUGACCAAAAUGAAGAGUACCCGAGGUCGUGGGAUAUAAGAUUAUGCAUUGCAGCGGAAGUUGCGAGUGCAAUUUCUUACUUGCACUCAUCUGCAUCCAUCCCCAUUUAUCACCGAGAUAUCAAAUCUAGUAACAUACUACUAGAUGAAAAGUUUCGAGCAAAAGUAUCAGACUUCGGAACAUCUAGAUCAAUCGGCAUCGAUCAAACUCACUUGACAACUAAAGUGCUUGGGACUUUUGGGUAUUUAGAUCCUGAAUACUUCCAGUCAAGUCAUUUUACUGAAAAAAGUGAUGUUUAUUGUUUUGGAGUGGUUAUUGUCGAGCUCUUAACGGGGAAAGAGGCAAUCUUGACGUUUGGAUCACAAGAAAAGAGGGGCUUAGUCUCGUAUUUUUUGUUGUCGAUGGAAGAAAACCAUUUGCUGGAUAUUGUUGAUGUUGAAAUUGGGAAGGAUAGUCAAAAGGAUGAAGUAGUAGCAGUUGCUGAACUUGCGAAAAGAUGCUUGAACUUAGAUGGGAGAUAUAGACCAACAAUGAAAGAAGUGGCCAUGGAACUCGAGAGAUUUAGAACUCGGCAAAGUGAUUGCAUCCCCAUUGACCAACCUAAACAAGCUUAG